UUCCGCUUCCUCUACUCUCGCUGGCCCCAGGCUGCGAUGAAAUAGCGGCAGGUGGGUGUCUCAUGGAGGCGGACCGUGGAGGGGUGGUUCUAGGCCUUGUGCCACCAACCCUCGGGCUCCGCUCGCUGGCCCGGCUCAGACUGGCGCGGGCUCAGAGCUGCGCUCGUUAGAUCGGCGUCCGGUCUGGCAGCGGCUCCCAGUUGAGCCGGGGAAAACAGGAAGCGGCCUUUGUGGGAGUCGAGCUGUCUGAGGUAACCAAGAAGCUGCUUCUCUUAGGUGGCCGCUGCGAGGCGGGCGGGUCACGGGAAGCAGUCCUGUUCCGUAGACAAAGGCGUUUUUCUCCCAAGUCUGAAGCUUGACCGGCCGGAGCGAGGCCUUCAUCUAGCUCCAGAAGCCAUUCUCUGUACUAUUUGCGAAAGUUCAGCCCGUGGCCACGACGGACGCUCGCUCAGACCCUGCUCGCCUGUCCCAUGUCCACCGUGAGGCUUGCAGCAGCGUUUACCGCUGCAUCCAGAGAAACUUGCCGCCUUCACUGACUUUUUCCGUCUCUGACCAGUGUUGCCAUGACAGGAGGGAUCGGUGCAGCUUCUGGGGAAGAAGAUACUUUUAUUUUGUACCAGACCAGUUGGAGUCUCAGUUGUCAAAGGUGGCACCAGGAGCAAAACUGUUGCUAGAGCAGAAUGAUGAUGGUCGAUCUGAAGGUGGCUGAGCAUUUGGACCCUCAGAUCAGGGCUCUAUGGGAGACUAAGGAAUCUGUGCCAGAAGGCUCUAGUCAAAGUACAAAAUCUCCACACACAGACAGUCUUGAUCCCAAGAGCUCUUGCUGGUACUUCCAUAACUACCAUUAUCACAAAGCAGCUGGACCCCGUGAGGCUGUUAGCCAACUUCAGGAAUUAUGCCGUCUGUGGCUGAGACCUGAGAUCCACUCAAAAGAGCAGAUCUUGGAACUUCUGGUAUUAGAACAAUUCCUGACCAUCCUGCCAAGGGAGACACAGACCCAGAUGCAGAAGCUCCAUCCACAAAGCAUCGAGGAGGCUGUGGCAUUGGUAGAACACUUGCAGAAAGAAUCUGGUCAAACAAGGAAUAGGGUUACAGUCCAUGAGCUGGGAAAGGAAGCAUUGCUCUUGGAAGAAAGACCAGAGGCCCCAGGUUUCAAGCUUAAUCCAGCAGAGUCUCAAUCAGAGGGCAUGUCCCAGGAUAAAGAAUUUUGGAAUACAUACCAGGGACAACAAGAAGAGCUGAACAAGAGUGCGCAUAAGGAAACUGAACCUGUAUAUAAAAUGGGUGAACCUGCUCAACAGAUUCUAUCCUUUCCUGAGCAGACAACUAACAAAGAUUGGACAGUGACACCUGAGCUCAUCUUGCCUGAGUCCCAGAGUUUGUUGACAUUUGAAGAAGUGGCCAUGUAUUUUUCCCAGGAAGAAUGGGAAUUACUGGAUACCACUCAGAAGGCUCUCUACAAUGAUGUAAUGCAGGAAAACUAUGAGAAUGUCAUCUCUGUAGCACUGUUUGGACUCCCCAAACCUAAAGUGAUCUCCUGUUUAGAACAAGGGGAAGAGCCAUGGGUUCAAGGGUCCUUGGAUUUCAAAGACAGUCCCAGAGAGUCGCCUACAGAGUUUAAGCUAAGAAAAGACACUGAAAAUCAUCAGUCUGUAUCCCUUUCUGCCUUAGAAAUACACACACCAAGAGUCAUAGUAUCAAAAAAGGCCAAAGUGAAUGUGUCUCAGCAAACAGCAGGCAAAGAAAAUCAUGAUAUGCACAGAGUUGGGAAAUGGCACAGAGAUUUUCCAGUGAAGAAAAGAAAGAAAUUUUCAACAUGGAAACAAGAGUUGCUGAAACUUAUGGAUCUUCACAAGAAAGACCGUAAAGGGGAGAAGCCUUUUAAGUGUCAGGAAUGUGGGAAAAGCUUUAAAGUUAGCUCUGACCUUAUUAAGCACCAAAGAAUUCACACCGAAGAAAAGCCAUAUAAGUGUCCACAGUGUGAUAAGAGGUUUAGGUGGAGUUCAGAUCUUAAUAAGCACUUAACAACGCACCAAGGAAUAAAACCAUAUAAAUGUUCAUGGUGUGGGAAAAGCUUCAGUCAAAAUACAAAUCUUCAUACACAUCAAAGAACUCACACAGGAGAGAAACCCUUUACAUGUCAUGAAUGUGGGAAAAAAUUCAGUCAGAACUCUCACCUUAUUAAACACCGAAGAACCCACACAGGUGAGCAGCCUUAUAGCUGUGGUGUAUGCAAGAGAAACUUCAGCAGGCGAUCAAGCCUUCUUAGACACCAGAAAAUCCACCAAUGAAGGAAAGCAUGUCUGCUGUCCUCAUUAUGAAGAAAUUCAACAAGAGUUUUAUAGUGAAGUUGAUGAAAACAUAUAAAAGCAUGAAGAGUUUUUUGUUUUUGUUUUUGUUUUUUGUACCAGGGAUCAAACUCAGGACCUUGCACUUGUGAGGCAGGCACAGUGACACUGAGCUAAAUCCGUGGCCCGAAGAGUUUUUUGUCAUUGGAAAAUUUAGGGGUAUAAAUGUAUUGUUUCACGAAAAGGAAUCAAGGUUGUAUGUUAGGGGUAUGUUGUACUACUUUCUGUUUUUACUUUUAGCUGUCAGGGAGGUCUUAGGAAGAAAGAUGUUAUAAGAUAGUGGUGGCAAAACUAUGGCACAUGUGCCGCAGUAGACAAUUUGUUAUCAUUGAAAGCUCUAAAAGGUUUGACAUCACUGUUCUAGGAACAUUCUGAAUAAGGGAAAGGCUGUUUUAGGAUUGUACUUGGAAAAAUAGUAAUUUCAAUUUCAAAUUGCUGGUGCACCCAAUCAGUCUUCUGUGGUAUCAGAAGUAAAUAUUGUUGCUUUUGCACGGAUUUUCCCACUCUGGAAUGUACAUGAUAGAAAUAUUUAUAGCAUAGUCUUCCAAGACAAAAAACAAUAUGUAUCUAUGUUUAAUUGCAAACUAUUAUCUUCAGAGUAGCAGGCAUACCAAUUUCAGUAGUCUUUGUUGGACAGAGAUGAGUUCUCCUAGAAAGUUUUCCAGUGGCUAAAUUGGAGUUUCUGUCUUACUUUUGUCUUUGGACACUAUUCACAAAGUUGGACGUCAUUUGAGUUCCUUCUUGAACUUUUUAGCAACAUAAUUUUUACUGUGAUGAAAUAAUUUAUUUCACCACUAGGCAAUCUGCCAAAUGAACUAAUAAUGCACUAUUUUAUGUCUCAUUGGUGAUGUUUGGGAAAUGCAGAACAUCUCUAAUGAGAUCAUACGGAAACGGGUUGGAUUUGUAGCCAUGGUAUAUAUUAGAUAUAAAGAAUUUUCUGCAUUAAAAGAAACUAGACUGUUUUUCUUACCUCAAAUGUCAAUAGGCUACAGCACCAUAAAUAUUAGCACUUACCCAAGGCAUGAAAGAAAACUUAUGGGUACAAGGACCCGAGUUUGAUUCCUGGUACCAAAAGAAAAAAAAACUUACGGGUUUUUAGUAUUAACUUCCCGCAGUUUUUGUUUACUUUUUAAUUUCACUUUUGUUUGUCAUUAAGAAUGAGAAGUAUGGGCCAGGGAUUUAGCUCAGUGGUUUCGCCGUCUGCUACGCAAGCACAAGGACCCGAGUUCGAUUCCUGGUACCAAAAAAAAAAAAAAAAAAAGAAUGAGAAUUAUAUUUGUAUGAAAACUGGAAUGUGUAUGCUGCAGGCAGGAUUCUGUUGGUUACUUAACAUAGAUAUUGAGCAUCUAAUCAGGAAAUUGAAUUCCCAAAAGGAAAAGUUUGGGAACUGAUAGUCAUUACUAAGCAAGGAUAGGCAAAUCAAAAUCUGUGUUGUUUUGUUUUAAAAUGAAAGCUGAUAUUUUGGGUCUGUUUGUCUGUCCUAUCCAGGACAGUAUUUACAGCAGUCUCAGGUGAUAAAUUUGUUAAGAUUGCAGAUAGUCUAUAGCGUAUAGAUUUUCUUAUAAUUCAGCUGUUUAGCUACAACAGUGACUCAGGUAUUUUACAGUUGGGAAUUUUAGGUAUACUAGGAAAGAGGUUAAAGAAAUUAUUUCUUCCAAGUCAUUUAUAAAUGAAGUGAGGCUCAGAGAGUUACAUAGACAUCCCAAGACCCCAUUACCCAUUACUAGAGGAUCUGUUAGAUAUCACUUAGUUGUAUCUGUCAGGUAUGAAGGCAGGAGUAGUAAGACCAAUUUGCUGUUAUCCCUACAUAACGAGCCUGAAUAAGAUUGUGUUAUAUCUAAUUCUAGCUUUAAAAUAUUCCUGUUUCUUGUUUGGUUCCUGAAAUACUCCAUUUUUCCUGAAAGUCUUCGUUUUCUCUAUAAAAUAGAGAUAACAUUUAAUUAAGUUUUAUUCUGGGAAUUUGAUGGGCUGAUGAAAGUAAAGCACUUAAAACAGGGUUUGGUCCCUAGUAGAGACACAGUCUGUAUCUCUUCUUUCCCUUUCCUUUGCUUGCCAAUGAUAAGUUGGGUGGGCUGACUACAAUAAAAAAGUAAAUGUGUGUAUGGCUAUUACAGCUCCAGUCCAGAGUUGAGUGCUUGUGGUGGUGGUUAUGCUGAGUUGAUUUGAUCCUUGGUUUUGAUACUUUGUUAUUUGUCAUAAGAACCACCUAAACUAAUGGUCUGAAGCUCUAAGCAAUUUUAUUUAAUAAACUAUACAAAGUACUAUUUUUUAAAGCCCAGCCAGUGCUGGUACAUACAGCAGAUUCUCAGCCUUAGACCUUGGGAUUCUAUCUCCUAGGGCAUAUGUGGAUUUCUUCCAGACACUAUAUUCAUUAAAUUAAUUUGAGGGUCUAGUGUGUUCCAGCCACUGUACUAGAGUCUGAAGCCACAGCAAAUGAGAGAAACAAAAACACAUUCUUUAACAGAAUUUGUAUUCUUUUUUUUGGUACUGGGGAUCGAACUUGGGUCCUUGUGCUUGUGAAGGAGGAAGCAGGCAGCGGAACCACUGAGCUAAAUCCCCAGCCCCAGAAUUUGUAUUCUAAUGAAUAGGAGAAAAGAGGUAAAAAGGAGAAUAGUUUUUUUUUUCUUGCUAUUUUCAGUAAGGCUUGGUCAUGAGAUAGUUUUUGUUAGGGGGUUGUAAGCAGAAGCCUACUUCUGGGCUAAAGGAUUUAUUCACUAGUGCAAGACUCCAGUGCUUUCCUUUCCUGCCUCAAUCAUGGAAACCUACAGAGUAGCCAUAAGAGCAAGCAAUUGAGGGGCUGGGGAUUUAGCUCAGUGGUUCCUCUGCCUGCCUUGCAAGUGCAAGGACUCGAGUUUGAUCCCUGGUACCAAAAAAAAGAUCAAGCAAUUGGGGAUGCCAAGUCCCCACAUGAAGGGCAGCUGUUCCAGAGUCCGCAGACCUGUAAUGAACUUAUGGGAAUGAGAAAUAAACAUGUUAAAUCAUGGA